UGCUAAGGUUCAAGUCUUGGCAUAGCAUUUGUGGGCGUGCGAGCGGACGCUUUCCGCGCAAUGCUUGGCGCCAAACUGUCUGCUUCGUGUAAAGCAACAUUUACACUUAGUUGGCUUCCCGACAGUACAUGCGCCAUGAAAUAAACGCUCAGCCGUACUUCAUUCGACCAUUCCAGUGGACUCAGCGAAAUUCAGCGCGAGCCCAUCCGCAAGGCGAAGAGGUCUUCAGCGUACAGCUAGUCUUUUGCGUGGAAUGGAAGGUGCAAGGCAGUGUGAGACAACGCUGGCAAAGAAUCCGAAUACCAUGAAUUCUCUCAUUCAUGAUCGAGUAUCAUUGCUCUAACCAAAGAGGUUGUCGCUC